AUGAAUCGGAGCGAACCCACCUCGAUCAGAAACAGUGCUCUCCCGGGCUACAACGAUGUGAGCGGCGCAGUUAUAGUUGAUUGGAACGGGCUACCUCACUUCCUCUCGCCCCAGGAGGAGGUAGAGCGGAAAUUGAGGUUGGAGCGUGCUGUACGUGAGCGAAUGUUAGGUCUGUCGAGACGGACGGACUUCGCAUGGGAAAGCCCUUGUCAAGGAACCGCAUUGCCGCAGUACUCGCCUGCAAAGGCGAAACGAUCACAACGACCGGCGCACCGAGGCGACCGCUAUUGA